AUGAGCGGUAAUCGUAUACCAUCAGCAAUACCAAGAUCGACUUUAUCGUUAUCAACGGGAUCAUCGACUUCUUCGAUUCCACAGUUCAGAGCAAAUACGAACUUGGGUAAAAGAGGUGCAGGAGAAGCAGGAUUAGAUGAUCCAACUGCGCUUCGUAGACAAAUGACGUCUAACCAAACUCAACUAACAGCAUUACAGCACAAAAUUCAUUCACUACAAGGGAGAGAACGAUCCGCAGAUUCUAGAAUCGAGGAACAAAGAGUCGAGAUCGAAAGGUUGAAAGCUGAAAGAAGGGCUUUGCAUGAUGGUGAGAUGAAAGAGAGGGAAGUAGGGGAAGAAAGGGAAAAAGAUUUCUAUCAAGAAAGAAAACGAUACACAGAUCAAAUCGCUUCAUUACGCUCAUCUAAUUCGCAUCUCACAAACGAGUUACAACAAUUAAGAUCGGAUCAUAACAUUUUGACUGGAAACCAUUCUUCCCUGACUCAAAAUGCCAAUAAUGAAAUAUCGCUACUAAAUUCCAGAAUAGAAGAACUUGAAAGAGUCACAGAGGAUUUGAGAGGAUGGGAAAGAAGAGCUAAAGGCUUGAGCAUUGAAUUAGAGGAAGAAAGAAGGCGGAAUGAAGAGAAGAGAGAAAGGGGUGAGAGGGAAGUGGAGGAUAGAAGAGUUGACGAAACGUUACACAAGGAAGUCAAGAGACAAUCUUUGAGCUUAGCGACUAUAUAUCGUGAAAAUGAAUCUCUCAAAUCUGAAGUCGCUGAUCUAAGACAAAAGAAGAAAGAGUCCGAUGCAUCAGAUAGAGCUUCAAAAGAAGCUGAAAGAUCUCUGAAAGACGAGAUAAGGAUAAUGCAAGAGCAGUUAGAGAGAGCUAGACGAGAUAUGGACUCACUGACCCAAACUUUCCCGUCCGCUUCUUCAUCUCCAACAUCUGAUCAGACACUUCGAACUCGCUUAUCAACUUUAUCCUCUCUUCAUAAUCAAGCCACCACGGAUUUAGCUCAAAAAGACUCUGAGAUCCGUGAGAUACGAGGUCGACUGGCGAACUUAGCUGAAAGUUCAAGAGCUGGUAUAUCAGAAUUAACCAAACGUGCUGAAGAAGCUGAAAGGGAGUUACGUUGGGCAAAAGAAGGUAGAACGAGCGCUGAACGAAGAGAAGAAUUAGCUAGGAAAGAAGCUGAGCGGAUAAGAUCUGCUGGCAGCGAUCUGUCUAUGCCAGGAGGUGUCAUAUCCGACCAAACUGCCAAAGUGUCAGAAUUGGAAUCGUUGGUCGAAUUGUACAAAUCUGAAUUGAACAAAAUAUCUAGAGAUUCUAGAGAGACGGAAGAGAGGAUCGCUAAAGGUAUGGGAUUAGUAAAGAGUAGUGAUUUAGAAGAAGCUAAAAAGAAGAUCGAGCAACUAGAACAAGAUGUCCAAUCACUUGAAUCGACUAUUAGCGAAUUGACAUCUGCGAACACAAGAUUAGAUGGAGAAGUCAAUGAUCUGAUGAGAAGAGUAGCUUCUGGCGAAUAUAAUCCAAAUGCAGAAAGAUGUAUAGAAUUAAAAGCUAAUCCAGCAUCGAAGAUCAUGGCUGUUCGUCAACAAACAUUGGUUGACCUUAAAAAUGAGAACGAUGAAUUGUUGGAAAGAAUGAAAGAAUUAGAUGAGAUUAUAUCAUCGUCCUCUUCUACACCGAAAGACGGAAGAGAAGCUGCGUUGGUUCCCAGAGGUAGUUUUGAUAGGUUGAAAAAGGAAAAAGAAGAUUUGGAACGGAAUCACGAGAAGAGACUGAUGAGGCUAAAAGAGAUAUUCACAUCGAAAUCUAAAGAAUUCUUGGAAGCGGUUUAUUCACUUCUGGGUUGGAGGAUCAAAUUCGAUGAAUCCGGAUCGGAUAUCAGAUUAACAUCGAUGUAUGCCCCUAAAGGUAAAUCUGGAUUGACGUUGAAAUUCGCUUCGCAAGAAGGUCAUUUCGGUACAAUGCAAAUGACAGGUAUGAUGGCUAGAGGUUUAGAAGAAUCAAGACAUUUCUGGAUCGUAGAAAGACAAAGUGUUCCUGGAUUUUUGGCUCAAGUUACAACUGAGAUGUUUGAGAAAACCACCAUCGGUAGAGCUGCUGGAUAUGUUGGAUUAGAAUAG